GUCCCUCGCAUCGCCACAAAGCCUGCGCCUCCACCCACCUCCACCCCCCACGCGCCGCCGCUCGCCGGAGCCCCGCCCCCGCCUCGCCGUGUCCGGCCGCCGCUACCCCCCACAGAGUCCUGAAUGGCUGCCGGCAGGGGCAUUAACCAGCUCCUGAAGAAAAUUCUUCAUAGCCAGUCUUCUGGCUCAUCUCUGCUUUCCUCAUUCCGGGCAAAGCAUGAAGAGUCGUCCUCUGCUGGACUGAGAGCAUUGGCUCUUCUUGGAGUUGGAGCUUCUGGUCUUUUAAGUUUUGGCACUAUAGCAUUCGCAGAUGAAGCUGAGCAUGGUUUGGCAGCCGCAGAGUAUCCCUGGCCGCAUGCUGGCAUUCUUAGCUCUUAUGACCACGCAUCGAUCCGGCGCGGACAUCAAGUUUACCAGCAAGUGUGUGCAUCUUGUCACUCCAUGUCAUUGAUUUCAUACCGUGAUUUGGUGGGGGUGGCCUAUACUGAAGAGGAAACCAAGGCAAUGGCUGCUGAAAUUGAAGUGGUUGAUGGUCCUAAUGAUGAGGGUGAGAUGUUUACACGUCCUGGCAAGCUGAGUGAUCGUUUCCCUCAGCCUUAUCCAAAUGAGCAAGCAGCCCGAUUUGCAAAUGGUGGGGCGUAUCCCCCAGACCUCAGUCUUAUCACGAAGGCAAGGCACGAUGGCCAGAACUACGUAUUUGCUCUUCUCACUGGUUAUCAUGACCCACCUGCUGGUGUUCAGAUUCGGGAGGGCCUGCAUUACAAUCCCUACUUCCCUGGUGGUGCCAUAGCCAUGCCCAAGAUGCUUAUGGAUGGAGCUGUUGAGUAUGAAGAUGGUACUCCUGCAACUGAAGCCCAGAUGGGUAAGGAUGUCGUGUCGUUCUUGUCGUGGGCAGCCGAGCCUGAAAUGGAAGAGAGAAAACUGAUGGGAGUCAAAUGGAUCUUCCUACUGUCGCUUGCUCUUCUCCAGGCCGCGUACUACCGCCGCAUGAGGUGGUCGGUCCUCAAGUCCCGCAAGCUGGUCCUGGACGUCGUCAACUGAUGACCACCAUUGUUUCUUCUCUUUUUAUUGCAACGCCGAGUCUCUUAAGCCGACGUGAAUUGAAAUAAUGACUUUCCUGUUGUACAUUUUGCCACUUGGGGUUGUCUCCCACCAUCCCUUGCUUAGAAUCUCUUUUGUUUUCUUACCCCUGCAGCAGAAAUCAUUUCCUCUUGAGGGAGCAGUUAUUUCCAUAUAUAAUUUUUUGUCGGGCGAUGCCUGAAAUGGCACCAGCAAGCUUCUAACAGAAGAAGAGUUGAUGAAGUUGAUAAAUCCUUUACGUAUGUUUUA